CUUCGACAAUGGCGACUGUUGGUUGAUAUCCAGGACCUUCAGCCCCGCCCAUGUGAUUUAAAUCGCGACCUUUUCACUGACCCGAUGACCUCGUACACGUUCGAGGGUACUCCCAAAGAGGAUACGGUGAAAAAAUUCUUCAAAUUGAAUAUCAAACGUAGGUUCGUCGUCUCGCUUCUUCUUAUUUCGAUUAAUGCUAUGGGAAGAAAUAUGACGGAAGUUGUACGACGUCAUAUCAGGAGUCUUUCUUAUCCCGAGGAAAGCGAAAUGGGGAUAUUCUUUGCCCUCGCAAUACCUUUGGACGAUCCAAUCACGACGUACUCGAUGUCCGUUGCCUUUUUCUUCGAGGCGAAUUAUAAGUUGCCGACGAAGGAUGAUAUCGACUUAGAGGUCAAAGGGAAAGAGAAAAGGCAAAGAAAAAGCAUAGAUCGCACCACGGUCUAUACCAUGUUGGAAUCAAAAUUUAAAUCAAUCGGCUAUCCGGCUCGACAGUGCCUUCUCAGAUCUAUAUGCGAGACCACACGACUGCCCUGGAAGCUCAAUGCUGGUGUCCUUGGAGAUCUUUUGAGAAUCCUGUUCACACCAUCCUCAUCACGUUUCGAAGUCGAUCUUCACAAGGAAUACGCCGAAGCUGAGAAGGUCGAUGGUACGAGGAAAUGUUCCGAAAUUUAUUCCACCUGCAAGUACGGGAUUUACGACUACAUAACGCUCCCCUAUCAGGAUUUGUGAGAGUAGCAGCUUGCCUUCGGUCGGUCCUUCUCUCUACCCUCCAGCACUCUUGGUUGGUACGACACUCUCGAAGCUCUAAUGAAAACUCACGAAAGUUUGCUAAAUCGAAAAGACCUCGUUUUUCCGAGCGCUUUUCUUUCCUCGUUCUGUCUACGAGCCACUCCCGCAUUACGUGCGCCAACGUAAUUCCAUUAUGUAGAUAAAAUCAGCUUGUUUACUUCUUGAAAAGGAAGCUCCUUCGACUUCUUCGUGGUGAAUGUCUCGUAGCUUGGCCAUUCUUGCAACCGUGCAGUUAGGAUGAGAAAGUCCAAUCAAGUUGAAAACGAGUGUAAGAAGGAAUGAUCGUUUUAUGCUUUUCUUAUAUAUCCUUACCUCCUCUGUAUCCACUCUUACACUCACUCAUUCGUUCGUAUAGACGUAUUCUCAAGCAAUAAAAAAUUUGAAAC